UUUUUUUUUCCCUCAGUCGAGGUUUUGACUGAACUUGCAACCAAAUUCACGUCUUGUAUAUUUUUCCAGUUUUAUUGAAGUUCCUACAACUUCAGAGUUAAAUGACAGGUUGUUGGCAAAAUGGAAUAAAAAGAGAAAUGUUAUCUCUUUUGGGGGGGAGUGAGGGUUCAGUUCUUGAGGGUCAUUUUUAUUCCAAUAAAAGUACAAGAAUGGUUUGUUUACAGUUUGGCAUCAUUUUAAGAUAUGAAUCCACGUUUCAUCAGACCAAAGUGUGACAUUUCAGUAAGUUGAAGCUGAAAGGUCACUACAUCUUCCCCUCAGAACUGCCUGAAACACACCAACCCACUUCUCUCUAACAUCGAUUACCAUAACGGGAAGAAUCAGGAUAACUAUUCUGGUUGUAGUUAUUUAGAAUAUAACCUAUCACUGAAGUUUUGAGCUAAUGGUUGUCUGCAUUCUUACUGCUGUGAAUGAAGCAAAGGUUCUGGUUCAGUUGAAGCUUUCCCAACUGGAAAAUAAGUACAAGGUCAAUACUUCCACCUGUCAACAUCUCUCUUGUUUUCUGUCACUGAUUGCUUCAAGAAUCUGUUUUCUAUAGAUUUUUAUUUAAAUUAUAUUUCAAUUGUGAAUUAAAACAAACUUUCCUCAGCUAAAAAUUGUCCCUGGUCUUGUUUUUUAUUUAUUUAUUUUUUUUGUCCUUUGCUUCCAUAAGGUUAAUUAUCUUUUUAGAGCGAUCCCAUAUUUAGGGCAUCGCAGUUAAAGAGGGUGGACAUACAUGCUUGCAACACCUUUCAGUUCUAUCCAGCGUUAAUCUAUCAAAUAAAAGUUCCAAGUAAGAAGAGAUUGAAGGAGACAUGAGGCCUCAGAUGACCUUUAAAUAAAAACGCCUCAAGAGGAUAUGUGGAUUUGUUUAAACAUCAUUUUAGCCAGUUGUUUAAAUGCACAACAGUCUGCAGCUUCAGAACCAAACAGCAAGGUUCUUGUUUGUCAUUUUACUAAGCAGGGAAGUUUUGCACGGUCCGGUUGCUGCUGUUUAAUAAUUCCCUGCUUGUGCUGCUCGGCCCUGCUCUGCGCGCUCCUCCGGCCGCGGCGCUGCGGCCUGUCGCUUGUGGUUCAUCACCGAGCAUCGCUCGCCCGGUUGGGGGCCGUGCUAACGAGCCUCCCCCUCUUUGUUUUCUUGGAGGGGAUUUACCCCGGGGCGCGUUGACCACUGGACACCGCCGAGGAUUAUAACCACGCAGCCGACGAGGGUUUAGCGGAGCUGACGCCAGAGGAUAUCAGGGCGGCGAGCUCCUUUGGAGAGAGCGACGCUGCUGAACGCAGAGCGGGACGCGUGCCAAUUACGCAUGGAGACGCGCUGAGGAGAGCAGCAGAACGACGCACCUCUGAAAGCGCUUUCAUUCUGGAAACCUGGAAACCCUCGGCUCCUGAUGACGGUCACCUACACCGCCAGAGUUGCAAAUGCCAAAUUCUGCGGCUUUUCCAAGCUGCUCUUGGCCUGGAAAGGCAGCAUCUACAAGGUUCUUUACAAAGAGUUUCUGGCUUUCUUCGCCAUGUACACGGCCACCAGUGUCACUUACAGAUUUUUCCUGGAUGAUGAUCAGAAGAGGUAUUUUGAAAAGCUGGCAAUUUACUGCAACCACUACGCCAGUCUCAUCCCCAUGUCCUUUGUACUGGGUUUCUACGUGACCCUGGUGGUGAACCGCUGGUGGAAUCAGUACACCAGCAUCCCGCUGCCCGACAGGCUCAUGUGCGUCCUGUCCGGGGGCCUCCAGGGGAACGACGAGCGAGGCCGCUUGCUGAGGCGCACCAUGAUGCGCUACGCCAGCCUCUCGGCCCUCCUCAUCCUCCGCUCUGUCAGCACGGCCGUCUUCAAACGGUUCCCCACCAUGGACCACGUGGUGGAGGCUGGAUUUAUGACAAGAGAGGAGAGAAAGAAGUUUGAGGGUCUCCACUCUCCUUACAACAAAUACUGGAUCCCGUGCGUUUGGUUCACCAACCUGGCAGCUGUGGCUCGCUGUGAGGGCAGAAUCAAAGACGAUCACACACUCAAGCUUCUCUUGCAGGUGCAGCACAGCCAGAACAGGCAGAAACCUUCAGACACGCUGGCUAGUAGUAGUGUUGAGCUGCCGAGUUUCUUUAUUCUUUUGAAUGGAGAUUUAUAUUGUGGAUUGACGGCUGCUGUCUGUGUGUGUGUGUGUGUGUGUGUGUGUGUGUGUGUGUGUGUGUGUGGACAGGAACUGAACGCUUUCAGAGGGAAGUGCAGCAUGCUGUUUCAUUAUGACAUGAUCAGCGUGCCACUAGUGUACACUCAGGUGGUGACUCUGGCAGUGUACAGUUUUUUCCUCGUGUGUCUGAUUGGCCGUCAGUUUCUGGACCCCGGUCAGGGUUACCCGGGUCAUGACCUGGACCUCUACGUGCCCAUCUUCACGCUACUGCAGUUCUUCUUUUACGCAGGGUGGCUCAAGGUUGCAGAGCAGCUGAUUAACCCCUUUGGAGAAGAUGAUGAUGAUUUUGAGACCAACUGGCUAAUUGACAGAAACUUUCAGGUGUCCAUGAUGGCCGUGGAUGAGAUGUACGGCGAUCUCCCAAUGAUGGAGCGAGACCGUUACUGGAACGACUCCAAUCCCCGACCGCCCUACACGGCAGCGACACUCUUCGUCCUCCGUAAACCGUCCUUUCAGGGGUCCACCUUCGACAUGGCGAUCCCGAAGGAGGAGAUGCACUUCCAACCUCUGGAGGACAUUGCUGAGAAUCUGGAGGAAUCCGGCACUCGCCACCCCAACAUGGCUCUGUUUAACCGCCUCCUCCACGCGGCUCCGUCCCCGACUGGCUUCAUGGGAGGAGCUCUACGCCGCACCUCGGCUCAGCUCCAGAGGCUGUACCACUUGCCCAGUGACGACAGAUGCACCAGCGACGACGAGGAGGACGAGGAGGAGACAAGUUGCAAGAUUGGUAAAGGUGGGUCGCUGCCAUCAGGGCUGGGCCAGGACACCCAGAGCACCCUGUGCAGCUUCAGGGAGGACAAGAGUCCCAGGACGCCGCUGGUGGAUGUUCAGUUUGUGGAGGAGCAGGAAAGACGAGGAGGAAACGUCUCAGCCGGCGAGAGCAGGGAUGUAAAAAGAGUUGAAGGAGUUCAGAGGGAUGAAGAUGGAUCUGAAGCAGAGUCAGAGGAGACUUCCAUAGCUCCUGUGUCAUUGCUUCCUCCUCCUCCUCCUGCUCCGGCCUCCAGAGAGACAUCUACUCGUCCUGCCUCUGCCACUCCUAUCACGUCCCGCCACCGCUCUGCCUUCCUGUUUCCUCCGGCCGCCCAGUCCAGUCUGGAGCACUGCAGCUCCCAGCCAGUGAUCAGCCAUCCCAGGGCAAUGCCUCCCAUUCCCAAACCACCGUCCGCUGGGAACAAAAUGUUCCUCCUCACCGUGCCGUCUUACAUCGAGCCUCAGCGUUUUCGCAGCGUGAGCAUGGGGUCAGAGUUCACAGGGUCCUGAAGUCAGCAGCAAACUGCAAACGUCCGGUUUUGUGAACACCAAGAGGUUUAGUUCUGUAAGUAAAGCAAAACACUGAAGUGGCGCUUAGAGUUCUUCCUGAUUCCUGAUUGCUCCGUUAGGAUCACAUUGUAGUUUAAAUAAAUUAAAUGCACAACAUAACAGAAUCCAUGAUUCCCCCCGUGUAUUAUCUCUUAUUUAUACAAUAAACACGUAUUAAUCUCCUGCAAACUUUAAAAACAAAGAGAAGAGAGGAGUUCAUGUUGGAUUUUUGCACGUCGACCAGUGGAGAUUCAUUAACCAGUAACUUUUGUAAAGUCCGCUCGAUUGUUGUUUGCAUGCGACGGAUAAAUACAAUUUUAAUCUGUGCAUGCUUACUGCAAAAGGAAACAAAAAUAAAAACACGUGGAUUUGU